UCCACACUCCGGUCUCAAGCAAGCAACAUUCAAAAUUAAACUAAAAAAGUGAUUCAAACAGAUCGUGAUAUUUGAGUAGUAAAAUCGAACGUGUUCAACAUGCAGAUGGUUGGGGCCCUGGUCAACUUGCUGCUCAUUGCGGCCUGCUUCUACGCAAUGUACUCGUUGACCCCGGCGAACAAUCCGUACGGCUAUAUGGCGGCGUCCUUCAGCCUGGUGCACGGACUGCUGGGCAUGGUGCGCUCCUUCUCCGACGAGUUCGACGAGUGCGGGCGCACCUUUCUGAUCUCUGCCAGCAUACUGGAGGUCAUCCCGCUACCACUGGCGAACAUCGAGUUCUACCUAGUAUCCGAUCAGUCGGGAGUGGCGCUGGUGCACGGCCUGUCGCUGAUACCGCUCUUCUACGACAUGCUCGGCAAGAUGGGAGACGACUGGGACAGUUCCACGGAGACCCUCAAGGAUCUCGCGCUGCUCGGGAACAUCGGGUCCACUUCGUAUCUGGCCAUCAAGGACGGAAACCAUCUCUAUGCCGGAGUGGCUGCCACUGCCUUCGUAGCAAGAUUCGGUGCAGCUCUGAUCGAUCAUUUCAUGGAGGGUUUCGGACCUCAUGUGGCCACAGUUGGGAACGCUGGAAUCUUGGCCCUUAUGACCUACGCACUCACUGAGGGUUAAUCGCUUCAGCUCCGAAUAGAGCUUUUCAAGGAAUUAAAACCCUAAAUCAAACAUAA